UAGAUAGGCCUUGGUUUUACUUGUUUCAACUUUCCUUCAACUAUGCAAAUUAUCAUUACCUGUUGGCUGUUGGGAAAUGGUCUAUAAAUAACUAAAGAAUACCUUGAUUAGUAUGAUUUCCUGUAAAAGUUGACCCCUACAACCCCUAGAAAUGGUACCAGAACUAUAGCAUGGUAUGGGACAAUGCGUAAGAAAGUUAAGCAAUCUUCUCGAGGAGACAGAACCUGCUCCGCACAGUUACAAGGCCUCUAUCCGUGCCAAGGAAACUGCUAAAGCUACUCACAAGGGUAACCUGUUGCUCACUGACAAUGAGAUUCUCUUCUAUGAAAACAAGAAGCAAGAACCACUUUACCAGUGGGAGUUCCAAUUUAUCAGAAAAUAUGGAACAGAAAAGAAAGUAUUCUCUAUUCAUGCAGGAUCACGAACAAAAACUGGAGAGGGCCAGUACUUGUUCCGGUGCCGGAAAGCGGAGCAGCUUGGAGAAGAAAUACAGAAACGUAUUGAUGCUAUGAGGGAAAAAUACGAGAGCACUAAACACUGUCAGAAACGAUAUCCUAACUCCGGUCACUCCGGUUCAGAAUCGGGCCCGGGUUCGUCCUCUGCGCAGCGCCCCUCCAACUCACACGUGUAUUCGCUUGAUAAUGAAGCAGACGGACCCCAGACAGAGUACAUCAACCUUCAAGAUGAUCAGAAUUAUGAGAACGUGAAAUCACCGCCAAAACGUCACCGUAGUACCAAGCACAGCGUACAGGAGGACCCCAAUAACACACAGAGCUACAUUGAGUUGGAACAGAGGACGGAAGACAGCAUGUCACCGCGCCUAAACCCUGCCGUGCAGCCGCGCCCAGAACCAGAAUCCGUCAUCAACUACAUCGAGGUCGAUAUUCAGACUACACAAGCCAUGAUUUCGAUAUCACAGAACAAAGACCUCUGAUCUCGACUCUCCUGGGCAGGAUGUCACGUGUCUCGCCCAUCUUAUAUAGAUUCGUUUUAGGAUUCACCGAUUGUAAUUAUGUUGAUUGAUUUCAAAUAUAUGUGUGGGCAUUAAACUUUUAAUUUUGACCUUGAAAAUUCGAAACAUUAGCUGAUACCGUGCACACAUUCUUUGUAUGAUUAAAGUGAUGAUAUUAUUUGCAUAAUACAUAUGAAAAAAAACAUGCAUUCAUGUGUGCAGCUUUUCUACUCAAAGUCAAAUUAUCCUAAAAAAUUUCGCCGAAAACUCCAAAAUCUUUUGUUUUGUAUUUAAAAGAAUUAAGUUUGUUACUAAGUUUACUCUUAAUCCCAGCACUAAUAUCUAUUAUUGUUUUAUAUGGAUGGUUCACAGACUUAUAACGUGUAAACUUUUUAUGAUUGGGCGAUUAAAUCAUUCUCCGUAAAUUUAAAAUAAGACUGAAAGACAGUGAGUAAAAUGGUAUCGGAUAUUCGCUUUACAAGGAUCUUGGCAGAAAAUGCCAUAUUCUGUAAACUUGUUCAAUAUUAAAUCUCAUGAGCUCAAGUUGUUGAUACUGAAGAAGGGUCCUCAUAAAACUAAAUACAGUAUCCCAUAUUUACCUGAUUGAAUAUGUGAAUUCCGCCUACUUUUUAUCAAACAAACUCCCUAGAACUAAGAUUUAUCAUAACAUUAGCAUUAUCCUUCCUAAUCUAUUACAACUCUCUGGCUUUUCCCCAGUUUUGCUUAAUACAUGGGAAAUAUUAACUGUUUUGUAGGGUAUUUGGUAGACAAUAAUGUUAACUGAUGGCUUUUCGCUUAAUAAGAGAUAAUUGGCAGUUGCCAGUUUCACUAAAAGUGGGGAAGUGGUAUAAGUUUACGUGCUUAAAUGAAAAACUGAUCUCUUCCACGUGUCAUAUCUUAUCGUAAAUAGUUUGAAUAUUUUAUCUUGUUUGAAAGCGUUAAAGUUUCAUAUUCAUUAUUUGGGUUUUGAUUUGAAGAUUCGCGGUGCACCAACCGUAAUUUUGUUUUUUGUAAUCGAUUUUUAUUUACCAAUCUGUUCUAAACAUUUGACACGUCAUGCAAGCUAAAUCAUUUGUAUUGCAUUUCAAAGGUGCAAAUAACACUGGUCAAGGUACAAAAGCGUGUACCAUUAUUAUGUGUCAAAUGUUAAACCCAGUUUUACUAGCCUUCCUACAUCACGAGAACGUGACGCUCUUAAAAGAGGUGCUAUGAUAUAAAAUUCUAUAUUUCAGCUCAGGAUUGAAUCAAAUACUAAUAAGUUAGUGAUGACAUAAUGUCAUCGGAUGAUUUGUAUACUGUUAAAUUUUAGUACACAAACAUCUAACAACAUUCCAAACAACUUCCUUGAGAUCACUUGAAAAGUUUCAGCGCCUCUGUCCUAUGAUGCCUGAUGUCAUACUGCCAAUAAGACUUUAAAGUCUUGAUUUGGGAUUAUACAUACUAUCGCACCCUCUUUUGAAAUGUGAAAAUAUUUGGAUUUGUGCCUUGACUUUUCAAUAUACCAGAGUAGCCUUUAUUGCUUUUAAAUUGGAUUAGUUAGGCUUUGAUAAACCGAUUUAUUACAUGUUUAUAUAAUUUCUUAUAUAUCUUUACAUCUUUAUACUAUCACGUUAAUUUUAUUUAUACUUUUUGCAGAGUUUUAUAUGGCAUUGCAUUUCUGGCUCCUGUUUUAUUGUUUAUAGAUAUUGAAGAGGAAUAAUGUUCGACCUUUGAUGUCUGCCCACAUUAAACCUUUUUUAAUGUACAUGUUAAGAAUUUUGCGUGCGUAUGACCAAGCUCUGUGACUCCCUCAUAUUUUCAAUUUACGUUUUCGAAAAAAGCAUCAAGCAUGAAUCAUGUAUUGUAAAAAUGUCGCUGAUCUUGUAUUUUUCUGUAUAAUAAUUCUAUAAAACUGAAUGCAUUUUAUUGAGGUCGCAGAGUACAUUAUUUUAAAGGUAUUUGAACGACACAUAUCUUACAUAUGGCGUGAUAGAUAGUAUUUUAUCUCCAAUAGAAUUAACUUCUUGUACUUAUAUAAUGUAAAAUGAGUCAAUAAACAGCAUUUAUCAAA